AUGCCAUCUCAUAUAUGUUGUGAAGAACAUCGACGACAAUUAUUAAAAUUUGCUGAUUUAUCACAAAUAUUACCAAAUAUUGAUAUGACAAAUCUAGCUUUUUAUUUUGCUCGACAAUGUCAAAAUAAUAAAAAAGCAGCACGAACAGCACGACGUCUAACAGCUAUAUCACAACGUUCAACAACAAUGGAUGAUAAAAGUACUUCACCAUUUCAUAUUGUCGAUCGUUUACUUGCAUCACCAACAGGAAUAUAUAAUCCUGAAUUAAAUUCUCGUUCAUUUCAUGAAUUUUGUUCAAGAAAAGAUUUAAUUAUAUCAUUUGAACGUUAUGUUAAAGCUCUUACACUUGAAGAUUAUAAUAUUAUACCAUAUGCAUUUGAUAUACAAUUAAAAUAUCGUUCAUUAUCAUUUCUCUCUAAACAACAAAUGUACAAUCGUCUUAUGUCAAUGACAAGUAUUAAUCUUAGAGAAACGAAAAUAAAUCGUGUACAUAAAGGUUCAAUGAUUCAAGUACAUUCAAUUGUUGACCCAUUUAUAACACCAAGAUCUAUUCAAUCGAUUGUUGAGGAUGGAAAUAAAAAUAUUAUACGUUUAGCAAUAUAUAAUUGGUAUACUAUAUUAGGUGAUCAAUCAAUUGAGUAUAUACGAAAUAGAAUAAAACGUGAGAGACAUUUUAUUAUUGGUAAUCCAUUUAUUAAAAUGGCUGCAGAUGGUUUAUUAAUAUUACGUGUAGAUAAUCCAAGACUUGAAAUGUGGUUUACUGAUUAUGAAAAAGAAAUUGAACAAAUGGAUGCUGAUAAAUUACGUGAUUUAGGUAACAAAUGUUUUCAUAACAAUGAUAUUUAUGGUGCUAUUGAAUAUUAUUCUCUUGGUUUAAGUAAAAGUCCAAAUGAUACUCGCAUAUUAAAUAAUCGUGCUGAAUGUUAUUUACAAGGACAAUUACCACAUUUAGCACUCACUGAUUGUAAUCAUAUAUUAGAUAUAUGUGUAAAGAAUCCAACCGAUGAAAAUGGUGAUGUAACAUUUACAUGGAAAGUUCAUUAUCGAAAAAUGCGUGCAUUAAUUGGUUUACAAUUAUUUGAUGAAGCAAAAUUAUCACCGGAUUCAUUACUUGAAUGUAUACAAGAUGUUUCAUCAUAUAAUGAAAUUCUUGAUCGAUUUCGACGUAUACUUGAAUCUGAUAUUCCAUGUUUACAAAAAGAAGCUGAAGGAAAUUAUGAUAUGUAUGAAAUAUUAUCAGGACGAGCAAAGAGAUCCGAUGGUUUUUUAGCUGAAUUUGAACGACAAAAUGUUUAUGAAUUUCGACAAUGUGAAAAACCGGAAAAAGGUUUUGGUAUGUUUGCUUUAUGCCGUUUAGAACCGGGUACAUUAUUAUUAGUGGAACGACCAUUUGCAUAUGUUCAUGCAAAAACAAAUGAAAUGUUAGUUGAUGAUCCAAUGCAUUUAAUUACUUUUUCUUUAACACAAAAACCUGAAUAUAGAAAUAUGGAAGAUGGUGGGACAAAUGGUGGAAAAUAUCUUCGUCAAACUGUUCUUGAACUUUUAAGAGAAGUUGAAACACGCAUAUUGAUAGAUCAUAAAUAUUUUGUUGAAAAAUUAUCUCAUCUAACACCAUUACGUCAACAACCUUUAAGAAAAAAAUCUGAUGAUGAAGAUUAUUAUCAUCUUCCAUAUAAAGUUUUACUAGAAAUUUUUGAACGAAAUGUAAUUGGUAGUGGUUUAUGGACAAAAUUAGCUCGAUUUAAUCAUUCAUGUUUACCGAAUUGUUUUUAUAUUAUUAUUAAUCAUGUAUGUUUUCUUAGUGUUAUUAAACCAAUUGAAAUAGGUGAAGAAAUGACAAUAUGUUAUUUACCAACAGUUUAUAGUUCAUAUAUUGAACGAACACUUCGUUUACGUGAAUAUUUUAUUGAUGAAUGUCAAUGUCAAUUGUGUGAACAUGAUCGAAAUAUUGGUCAAGCUGAAAUGCAACAAUUAUGUCGACAAUUCGAAGAAAAUGAUGAAGAUGAAGAAAAACGUCGUUAUUUAUUUAAACAUUUAAUAUAUCAAUAUAGUUCAGAUCGAUCAUUAGGUUUUAUUGAACAAAUGAGUCAAUUAAAACGAUCUAUUAAGCUUGAUAUAUUUGUUAAACAAGUUAAACAUGGUUAUCUUAUGCAUCCCUAUAUACUAAAAUAUAUAUUAACACAUAUAAAUAAAUAUGAUAAAUUACAAAAUAUAAUUAAUGAAUUAAAAAAAGAAUUUUCUUACUUCAAUUGGACUAUUGAAAAUAUUGAUAAUGAGAAUCAAAUAAAUCGAUUUAAAGAUAUUAUUCAAUUAUUAAUCAAUUAUCUUCAAAAUUAA